CGCAACCUGACAAUGCUAUAAUGAUAGUAUUUGGAACCAAUAUAGGCACAAACGCGCUUCGUAUUUCAUAGUUUAAUGCAGUACCCUGAUUUAAACAACCCUGAUAUAAACAAUACAGAAUCGAAAUGCAAUACUAAAACCAGUUGUUGCCAAAAUGGCAGGCUCGGCUUUGAGAAGGUUAAUGGCAGAGUAUAAGCAACUAACUCUUAAUCCACCAGAAGGUAUAAUUGCUGGCCCUGUUAAUGAAGAAAAUUUUUUUGAGUGGGAAGCACUAAUAACUGGACCAGAAGGAACAUGCUUUGAGGGAGGAGUAUUCCCAGCAAAACUGAUUUUCCCACCAGAUUAUCCACUGAGUCCACCAAAGAUGCAGUUUACUUGUGAAAUGUUCCAUCCAAAUAUUUAUGCUGAUGGACAAGUCUGCAUAUCCAUACUCCAUGCUCCUGGUGAUGACCCCAUGGGCUAUGAAUCGAGUGCAGAGCGGUGGAGCCCAGUUCAGAGUGUUGAGAAAAUACUACUAUCAGUUGUCAGCAUGUUGGCAGAACCCAAUGAUGAAAGCGGUGCCAAUGUUGAUGCAGCGAAAAUGUGGCGGGAAGACCGUGAAGAGUUCAACAGGAUAGCAGACAGAAUAGUCAGGAAAACUCUUGGGCUCCCUCUGCCCUAAACAUUCCAAACACAUCUCAUGGAAGCAACAAUUCUGUGUACAAACACUCAGUUAAAAGUACACAGUAUUAAAUUUCUACCCAGAAUUAAGAUUUGUAUAUGUGCAAUGUACAGCUGUUUCCUUAAAUCUUUAAAAUUAAUAUAAUGAACUCUGAAUUUGUUCAUUGCCCAUGUAUAAAUCACACACACACUACUUAUGAAUUAAAAUGUAUUACAAAGGAUAGAAUGUAAAUAUUCUUAAUAAAUAAAUUUAAAUUAUGAUUUA